UCCUUGCUCAACCUGCAGGAGGUACUUGAGGGCACCCCCAAGCUCUGCGGACCAUUCCUUUCUCCUAAGGGAAAAGAAAAACCAAACCAACCAACCUUUUCUCAGUCUUUCCUUACCUAAGAGGUCUCACCAGGCUGCGAAGUAACUAAACUGAGGGGCUUGGUUUUGGAGAGAAACCCCCGGCUGGGCCGGCCUCUGAGCGCUUCUCGCAUGGUAAGAAAGACAACGAAAUCCAAGCGGUGGGGAGAUCCCGGCGGUGGGUUACCUGCUGUGCUGCUGGGGGCUGCCUGCCGCACCAGUCUCGCCCCGGUCUGGCUGUGGGGACUCGCUUUGUUCAGUUUUUCCCCUGGGAGGAAACACCCGUUAAAAAUAAAGUAAAAGAUGGCCCGGGAGCGGAGCCGGCAGCAGCGCUGGCACCCGGGAACCUCAGGGAGGGACCGCUCGGGGGCAUGGCUGCGAGGUAGAGCCUUAUGGAGAGGCUGGGGGAUUUAGCCAUGGGAUUCAGGACCCCUCCCCAGGGGCCUCCUCCUCCCGCCGAGGAGAGGGGCCGGGGCGGGCCGGGCACAACACACCCCUCUGGGGGGGGCGGCCGCCCUAUAUAUUGCCAAGCUGCUCAGGACGGACCUCCCUACCACCGGGAGCUGCCGCGGCGCCUGCCCCCCUCCCCGUCCCCUCCCUUUUCCCCCUUCCCUUCCCCUGGGGGGGGGCUUUUUCUCCCGCAGCCCCCCCGUCCUCCUCCGAGGAGGAAGGCGAGGGCCGUAUAUGAACGCGGCCGGCUUCCCCUGCCUCAGAGGCAUGUGCACGCUGCCGGCGCCCAGCCCCGCCGCUGCGGCCAGCCCCGGCUCCCCCGGGCCGCCCCGGGGGUCUCCGUCGGUGAAGCCGGAGCCGCGGGGCGUUGGGAGCAGCCCUCCGCCGCCGCCCCCCGAGGAGCCGCCGCCUCCCGCCGGUGGCCGCCGCAGGAAGCGGCCGGUGCAGCGGGGCAAACCCCCCUACUCCUACAUCGCCCUCAUCGCCAUGGCCAUCGCCAACGCCGCCGAGAGGAAGCUCACCUUAGGGGGCAUCUACAAGUUCAUCACCGAGCGCUUCCCCUUCUACCGGGAAAACCCCAAGAAGUGGCAGAACAGCAUCCGCCACAACCUCACCCUCAAUGACUGCUUCGUCAAGAUCCCCCGGGAGCCCGGCCACCCCGGUAAGGGCAACUACUGGACGCUGGACCCGGCCGCAGAGGACAUGUUCGACAACGGGAGCUUCCUGCGCCGGAGGAAGCGCUUCAAGCGCACCGACAUCACCACCUACCCCGGCUACAUGCAAAACUCCAGUGCCUUCACACCCCCACCCGCCGGCCGCCCUGCAGCACCAGCAGCCCCCUACCCCAACACCCUCUGCUCGCCUGGCUAUGGCCCCCAGCUCUCCAGCACUGUCUUCCACCCCUACGCUGCCGGAGCAGCACCUCCAGCACAGCAUCCCAGAAUGUUCAGCAUCGACAGCCUCAUCAGCGGGCAGCAGGCCCUGCAGCCCUCGCCGCCAUCUGACCUGGGCCACCCAUCACUGGGCUUGCCCGGGGCUGAGCUGGCUCCUACCUGCUCCACCAGCAGCUCCGAGCCUCCCUGCUUCCAGGCGCAGCCUGUCAGUCCCAGCUUGUUGGGCCGGGCUGGCCCUAACACCUUGGCUUACCCCUAUGCUGCCUCACCCCCACAUCUGCCCGUGGCACAGGGCAGCUACUCACCAGGCAGCCCGCAGCUCUAUGGGGCUCCCAACAGACUGUCCCUGCCAGCCAUGAGGCCCCCAGCCUGUGCUGAACAUAGCGAGCAGCUCCUGGGGCUCUCUGCAUCGUCCCUUGGCCAAUUCAGCUCCAGCAACUCCUACAUGAGGCAGCCCAAUUUCCCCGCCAGCCUGGAGCGGUACAUGUGAUGGGGUCAGGGGAGGCUUGGAUGGGUGUCCCAAAGCUCCCAUAGGCAACUCUGGACAUAUGGACUUCUCCUUGCCAUGGGGAUUGGCUGGGGUGGGGUUGGAGGUCCUCAGGUUCUGGCUGUGUGCAGACACACACUUAUGGGGUGACCUAACUCAUCUCUUUCUCAGCCUAUGUUUAGCUGAAGGAAAGGUGAUCUAUUUUCCUACCCCAUCCUCUCUCGGAAAAGACGUUCUCCGGCUUUGUUUGCCAGGCAGGUCUCCCCAUGCCCAGGGGGUGUCCAUUCCCCACCGCCCAACCCCAGGGAUACUGUCUGCAGCAGGGCACCUCGGGACAACUCUGGAGCAAGGAGGAGCACACCCAGGAGGUGGGUGCACGGUGUAACUGCAGGAACUGUCUCACAAAUGGGCUUUCUUCCCUGGGUUCCUCCUGUAUAGCUGGAAUGAAAGUUACUAAAAAGACAAAAAACAACCACUAAACCAAUUCACUGGAUUUUAAAUGAAUAUUUAAGAUGUUUAUAUUUUUGUUUCCCUGUAGG